AUGCCUCCACGACCUAGGCUUCGGGAUAGGGCGCGGGCAUUUGGGGCAAAACUCGGCAUUGGUUCUCGCUCAAGCCAGAGUCCAAGUACAGUCUUCAUCUUCUCAAAGUCUAUCCCUGGAACCCCACCUGCAUCUACUUCAAUUACAAGCCUGCCCCCAAUACUUACAAUAACGUCUCCAUCAUCUCCACCAAGUACACCCGCACCAACCUCAUCUGUACAGUCACUACCUGUAGUGCUCGCCACCCCACAAUUACAACCACAGCCACAACCACAACCAACAUUACCACCGGAAAAUCUUGCUUUCGUAGAGGCGUUGAAGAAGCAUAUAGACACCCUAAACCCCGAGAAGCGACUACAAUUUAAAGCUGGCAGUACCACAAUCACACCCGAAGGACUGAUAGCCCAAACCAGAAAAUACGAUGAGAUUCACAACCUCGCAAGUGGUUCUCGGCGGUGCGUAUCACGGGUCGAAUAUUUCUUGAAAGCAGUGGAUUCGUAUUUAAAACCAGUGUCGAUAAUGGUUGGGCAUAGCCCGGAGUUCUCAUCGCUCGUUGUCGGAGCCGUAAAACUCACUAUAGAGCUUGGACUGAAAUUUGCGGAUUUUUUCAAAAGAUUAGCGGAGAUGAUGGAAUUCCUAGGCAAUCAUUUAGGGUAUCUCUCCCAAUAUGCAGCAAACUUUAAUCAUUCUAAGAAAGUGCGAGGGGCUUUGGCUUCCGCUUAUGGCGAUUUGCUCAGCUUUUGUACGGGUGCACGGAAUGUGUUUCUUGACAAGCAAGGAAAUGAAAGUCGUCGGACAUCAUUCCGGAUUUUCUUGAGGAGCACAUGGGAACCAUUUGACGAGAACUUCAACACUCUGAACUCUAACUUCCGAAAUCACGUUGAUAUCGUCAUUCGGACAGCUGCUAUAACGGAGCAUGAGAGGCUACUCUCCAAGGAAAUGUUGGAGGUGGAGGAGAAAGAAGGUCUAACCCCAUCCUUGGACGAACUAAGGCACAAAUUGCUGGCCUGGCUCUCGGAGCUAGACUUUGACAAGGACCAUGAGCGCAUCUAUAGCAGGAGGCACGGGGAUACUGGGAAUUGGCUCGUUGACUCCCCUGAGUUCAAAGAUUGGGAAGAUUCUAAAGAAUCCUCUUUACUUUGGUGCUACGGAACUCUUCUAGAAACAAUCUCGGCCAAAUAUUCGCUCAAUAGUCGGAUCGGCGUAGCAUUCGUAUACUUCAACUUUCAACACCAAGGGAUUCAGAAAUCAAUCAGAGUGCUCUCCACAAUGAUCAAGCAACUCGCCCGCCAGAAGAAAGUACUACUAAAAGCGUUGAAAGAAUUCUACAGGCAGUAUUAUGUACAGGCCAGUUUCCCAACGGAAGGGAAGCUCAAGGCGCAGCUCGAAGAUCUCUCGGACAACUUUGAUCAAGUUUUUCUUGUCAUGGAUGCGAUGGAUGAGUUUGAGGAUCGGGAGGGCUUCCUACCAAUCAUCAGUGGAUUUGCGCAACGCUCUUCUGCCAACGGUUCCGCCAUAUUCAAAAUCUUUGUCACCAGCCGUAGAGAAAAGGACAUCGAGAAAACCUUCACUUCACACAACUUCCCAACAAUCCGAAUCGAGGCAAAGAAGGUUGACGCUGAUAUUCAAAACUUCAUUCAAUACCAGUUGAAGAAAAGAUCCGGAGACGUGAUCAUGGACCAGAACUUAAAAGCCAAGAUCGCGCAGGCUCUUAUCUCCAAGUCCAGUGGAAUGUUUCUAUGGGUUCGAUAUCAGCUUGAUUACAUCUACGAGCAACCAUCCGUCGAAGAUAUCAAAGAAAUCUUGGAUCCGUUGCCCCCUGAUAUGAACGCAACAUACCUUCGAAUUCUGGAGAAAAUCGACAAACAGGUUCCUGCACGGCGGAAUAUUGCAAGGCAAACCCUAAAGUGGGUAGUCAAUGCCGGAAGACCGCUUAAACUUAGGGAACUGGCCUUGGGAGUCUCUAUUAAACCAAACUCCACAAGCCACAAGGAUCUGAAAGAUUAUGAGCAAGAAGUAAUUCUCGACAUCUGUGGCAAUCUACUAGCGGUGAACGAUGGGAUUGUGCGAUCAGUUCAUUACACAGUCCAAGAGUUUCUCACCGCCUCUGAAACGAAUCGAAUGGACGGUCCAGGGAACUCAGUUUUUUGUCAGUACCAAAUUAACAUUCAUAUGCAUUCUGAGCUUGCUCAGACAUGCCUCCAGUACUUGCUCUUUGAAGAGAUAAGAUCGCCUCAGUGGGUAGCAGGCGCCGAGAGUUCUGACGAACGAUUUCCCUUUGGGUUAUAUGCAGCAGGAUAUUGGGAUUAUCAUGUCCAAAGGAUUCCGGACUCUACUUUACCAGACGACCUGGUCCGCAGUAUUGACAAGUUCCUCGAUUCCGAUGGACAAACUCUUACGCUAGCUUUCCACAUGCGUAAUUGCGAAUACAGGCCUUAUGCGACAGUUGAUGCGUUAAAUUACUGCCUAGCCUUCAACCUACUCCACCUGUACCAGCUGUCGCAUCGCUUGGAUACAUCAGCUGCUCGGGAUGAAUAUCAAGAUGCGCUGCAUCACGCUGCUGGAGGCGGAUCCACAGCUUCUAUCGAUAUCCUUCUCGGGAUGGGCUUUUCGGUUAAUGGACGUACGCGUGACGAGUAUCGGGAAUGUCCACUCCAGUACGCGGCUGCGGCUGGACACACGGCAGCCGCUGAGCUGUUGCUGGACAGAGGUGCGCAUGUCGACGCAACUACGAGAGAUGGCUCUACUGCGUUGAAAGCCGCAGCAUGGAGAGGUCAUCAGAGCUUGGUGCAGAUGCUCUUGAAGAGAGGCGCCGAUGUCAACCGUGCGCGCGGACAUAAUUGCUGGGACGACGUCUACCCGGGCGGAAGUUACCAAUGUUCCGCCCUGGCCGCGGCGGCCGAGGGGGGAGAUCGAACCACAGUUCAAAAGCUCUUAGACAGCGGCGCCGAUGUCAACCUCACUAGAGGAAAAUACGGCACCGCCCUGACCGCGGCGGCCGCGACAGGAGAGGAAAGCAUAGUUCAGAUCCUCUUGGACAACGGUGCCGAUGUCAACCUCACGGGCAAAAAGCAUGCAAGUGCCCUAGAAUUAGCAACCAGGUACGGGUACAAAGACAUACUGCGGCUGCUUUUGGAUAAAGGCGCUGUUCCAGCCGAUACAGAAAUAGUCGACGCGAUCUAG